UCGGCCGCUGAUGACGCACAAAAACGUCGACGGUCGCCCCACAGUCUUCUUUUGUUGCUACUCGCGACGAAACGAACAUGUGGCCGCCGACAGAAGCAGCAGCGAUAUGAAUUUGUGCCAGAAACGGGUGAAGACGGACUGCGAGCUGCUGCCGAGCCGCUUCCAGCAAACACAGUCCGUCCGCUUCGAGGUGGUCAUCAGGAAGGACAAGAGCCUUUCACACAUCUUCUGGUGAUUGGCAGGAAGAGGAGAGUCUGACGGAGGAGCAGAGGAACGUUGUCAACCAUUUUGUUUGAGCUCAACAACAGAGGAAAAAUGGAUUCUUCACAAACGAAACAUGAAAACGGCAAUGGAGUGAGACAUGAGAAAUCUGUGGAGGAAAGCAACGUUACCCCAACAGCAACAAACAGAGACGAAUCACUCAGUUGUGAGCAAUGCGGCAAGACUUUUAUCACAGCAACAAAGCUAAGAAUUCACCAGCGUAUUCACACUGUGGACAAACCGUUCAGUUGUGAUCAGUGUGGGAAGAAUUUUACUUCCAAGAGUAAUCUAACAAAACAUCAACUCAUUCACAGCGGAGUUAGAUCAUUCAGCUGUGGUCAGUGUGGGAAGAUGUUUACGACCAAGGGUAGUUUAGCAAGCCAUCAACUCAUUCACAGUGGAGUUAGACCAUUCAGUUGUGAUCAGUGUGGGAAAGCUUUCACUGACAAGAGUACAUUAACAAGCCAUCAACUCAUUCACAGUGGAGUUAGACCAUUCAGCUGUGGUCAGUGUGGGAAGAUGUUUACGACCAAGGGUAGUUUAGCAAGCCAUCAGCUCAUUCACAGUGGAGUUAGACCAUAUAACUGUGAUCAGUGUGGGAAGGAUUUUACUCAGAUGAGUGCCCUACGACGCCAUCAACUCAUUCACAGUGGAGUUAGGAAAUUCAGUUGUGAUCAGUGUGGGAAGACUUUUACUCUAAAGAGUCAUUUAACAAGACAUCUAGUCAUUCACAAUGGAGUUAGACCAUUCAGUUGUGAUCAGUGUGGGAAGAGUUUUGCUGACAAGGAUGGUUUAGUAAGCCAUCAAGUCAUUCACAGUGGAGUUAGACCAUUCAACUGUGAUCAGUGUGGGAAGACUUUUGCUAAGAAGAGUCGUUUAACAAGACAUCAAGUCAUUCACAGUGGAGUUCGACCGUUCAGUUGUGAUCAGUGUGGGAAGACUUUUAAAGACAAGGGUGGUUUAACAAGCCAUCAAGUCAUUCACAGUGGAGUUAGACCAUUCAUCUGUGGUCAGUGUAGGAAGACUUUUACUUCCAAGACAAGUUUAACAAGACAUCAAGUCAUUCACAGUGGAGUUCGACCAUUCAUCUGUGGUCAGUGUGGGAAGACUUUUACUGACAAGGGUAGUUUAGCAAUCCAUGAAGUCAUUCACAGUGGCGUUAAACCGUUCAGCUGUGAUCACUGUGGGAAGACAUUUACUACAAAGGGUCAGUUAACAAGACAUCACCUCAUUCACAAUGGAGUUAGAACAUUCAGCUGUGAUCAGUGUGGGAAAGCUUUUACUGAAAAGGGGACAUUAACAAAACAUCAACUCACUCACAGUGGAGUUAGACCGUUCAGCUGUGAUCACUGCGGGAAGACAUUUACUACCAAGGCUCACUUAACAACCCAUCAACUCAUUCACAGUGGAGUGAGACCAUUCAUCUGUGAUCAGUGUGGGAAAGCUUUUGCUGAAAAGGGAACAUUAACAAAACAUCAACUCACUCACAGUGGAGUUAAACCAUUCAGCUGUGAUCAGUGUAGGAAGACUUUUACUCGGAUGACCACCCUAAGAAUCCAUCAACUCAUUCACAGUGGAGUUAAACCAUUCAUCUGUGUUCAGUGUGGGAAGGCUUUUACUCAGAUGGCCAACCUGACAAAACAUCAGCUUGUUCACAGUGGGGUCAGACCAUUUAGUUGUGAUCAGUGUGAGAAGACAUUUACUUCCAAGGGUAGUUUAGCAAGCCAUCAACUCAGCCACAGUGGAGUUAGACCAUUCAGAUGUGAUCAGUGUGGAAAAGCUUUUACUGACAAGAAGAAUUUAAGACAACAUCAACGCAUUCACAGUGGAGUUCAACGAUUCAGCUGUGAUCAGUGUGAGAAAACGUUUACUACCAAGGGUAGUUUAGCAAGCCAUCAGCUCAUUCACAGUGGAGUUAGACCAUUCAUCUGUGGUCAAUGUGGGAAGACUUUUACUUUCAUGAGUAAUUUAGCAAGACAUCAAGUCAUUCACAGUGGAGUUAGACGAUUCACCUGUGAUCAGUGUGGGAAGACUUUUACUCAGAUGGCCACCCUAAGAAACCAUCAACUCACUCACAGUGGAGUUAGACCAUUCACCUGUGAUCAGUGUGGGAAAACUUUUACUACCAAGGGUAGUUUAGCAAGCCAUCGGCUCAUUCACAGUGGAGUUAGACCAUAUAACUGUGAUCAGUGUGGGAAGGAUUUUACUCAGGUGGGUGCCCUACGAAGCCAUCAACUCAUUCACAGUGGAGUUAGACCAUUCAGUUGUGAUCAGUGUGGCAAGAGAUGUAUGACCAAGAGUAAUUUAGGAAAACAUCAACUCAUUCACAGUGGAGUUAGACCAUUCAGCUGUGAUCACUGUGGGAAGACAUUUACAACCAAGAAUCAUUUAACAAGACACCAAGUCGUCCACAGCGGAGCUGAACCAUUCAACUGUGAUCAAUGUGUGAAAACUGUUUGUCAACAUGAACAGUCAUUGAUCCCUCAAUGCCCCCAUUCUGAUAGACAACUAUACCACUGUGACUACUGUGAAAAAUCUUUCAAGCGCCAAGAGAGCCUAAAAUGUCACCAACGCAUCCACACUGCACAUGAUGUGUACGUAUGUGAUCACUGUGGAAAACCAUUUGUACACUUCUCACAGUUAAAAGCUCAUGCAGUUACCCACACCAGGGUUAAACCGUACUGCCGUGACCAGGAUGGGAAAGGCUUCAACAAUACUGGAAUCGCUCACCAACGUGACCACACUGGGGACAGACCCUACAGAUGUGAUGAGUGUAUUCAGGCUUUUAGAACUUUGGCUUCCCUGAAACAACACCAGCAGAUCCACACCAGAAAGCAAGCAUUCAAUCAACAUCAUAGUAAGCAGAGCAGCACAGAUAUGCACACUGGACACAAAGUGAACACCUGCCAAGAAGAUUUCCCCAUGCUGGGUUCAGUACAAGUUCCUGAAGUGGUCCACAAACUUAAAGUCCUUGAGAUCAGGCUCCACAGAAUUCAGGUGUAAUCUCUUAUUUCGUGUCUUUGUUAAUGUUGCACUUGAUCGAUCAUGUUUUAUUCAUCUCUCUAUUUCUAGUUUCUGAUGAAGUUUCCUUAAUUUCUGCGACAAAGUAAAAAUAAAGGAUCAGCAAGAACAGUGUAUGUAGAGAGUAUUCACCCCACUUAGAAGUUUUUCCCCCGUUACUGCUUUUAAUCCAGUAAAGAAUGAGUGACCAAGGACAAAAGAAGCGAGAGAGGUCACCAAGACACCUAAUACUCUCUGAAAGAGUUCCAAGCUUCAGCAGCUGAGAUGGGAGAGACUGUUCAUACAACAACUGUUGUCUGUUUUUCACCAGUCAAAGCUUUAUGGGAGACAAAGAGAAAGACUGGAGAAAAGUUCUUAUUACAUCUGGACUAGAGUUCAGCAGAAGACAUGAGGAGACUCUGAAGUCAAGUGAAGAAGGUUCUUUGCUUUGACUUUCUCUAUAUUCUUUGGUGCACUGUUGUAGGGAGCAGGCUGAAAAUCCCGGUUUGAGCUUCAACACUAUGAACUUACUUUUUUUAUAUUAUUAAAGUGUAGCUUCUGCACUGUUAAAGGCAUUAUGGAGGAUGUUUUUUUUUUUUGUUUAAUUUGUCUGAUUCACAUAACAUGAAUAUACUGACCUUUAGUGGACUUGUAUGUAUGGUCUCUAAAAGAAUAAAAAAAAUAAAUAACUGUGGACAUGGCAGGACCUGAAAAACAUCAGCCAAUCAAUGCGCUCGGACCGAGGCGUUUGCUUUGCUCCCUUUCCUGUCAAUCAAAAUCUUCCGGCUCAGGCCUAGUUACGUAGAUUACGUACGCCUUGGACUUACGUGUUUUCUGUAUGUGUUGCUUUGGUAUAGCUUCGUAGUUAGCUGGCGACUUGUUUUGCUCAUCUUUUUUGACAUAAUGGCAGAUAAAGAUCCAGGGGGACCCAGCCGUAAAAGACAACUUCACGAGUGCUACGCAAGUUUCUGGAGGGGGCGUUUCUUUGUAAAUGUUAAGAGGGGGGUGAGGGAGAGGUUGUAUGUGCACAUGCACAUGCUACGUUCAAAGUCAUAGGAAAUUAAAUCUCCUCUAAUGCCUUUAAGUGUUGUCUUGUUUGAUUGAUUUAAAUGCUCAUUCAUUAAAUUUUACUUUGGUUGCUUCAUUUAAACUCACAUCCACUGGUUCUUUAGCGUAAAGUUUUAGCACAGUAUAUGAAAUGCUGUAGCGAACAACAGACCAGUCAACCAAACAAAUGAAUCAGGCAAACAACCAACCAACAAAAACAAACAGACCAAGCAAACAAACAGAUCAAGCCACCAACAAAACAAGCCACAGGACAAACAACCAUUAAUUUGUUAAAUUGAUACAAAUUUGUGAUGAUCAACUCUGAAACAUUUGGGUGAAAUGUAAAAUAGUUAAAAGUUGCUCUCUCAACCACCUGCAAUGACAAAACUGACAAACAGUCGUAUGUCAGGCACUGGCUGUUUUUUAUUGAUUUUUUUUUUUUUUUUUUUUACCCUUGAACUACAUUUUGCUUCUUACCUCUCUCGUUUUACUUCAGUGUAAUUUAGGUUUUUACUGCUACUUUUACUUCAAUGAAAGGAUCACACGACUUCUUCUGUCACUGUGCGUUGGUGUGUCUUUUUGAAACAUGUCUGAAAAUGAAUAAAUGAAAAAGAACAUCAGCAUUAAUGCA